AAACAACAUGCGAGAUACAACUAAUUAAAUUUCUAAAUAAGUUUGAUCGAAAAUAAGUUAUUUUCUGGAGGAAGACCAAAAUCCAGCCAGGAGGAGGGAAAAAAACAGAACAAAAAGUCUUUUGGCAGUCUUCAACUGUAAACAGUGCUGGCACAAUAUAUUCCCAGCAGAGGGCGUCCCUUUCAUGAUCCUCAGACAAAAAAAAAAAAGCAAAACAACAGCCGGAAUAAUGUCACAAACUAUAACAGAAAUUCAGCAGUCUUCUCAACAUUACACAGCAGGGGGCGCUUGAUGAAGCGGACGUGUGGGGGAUGCAGAGGAGCGAGUGAGCAAGAGGAAGCUGGUGUUCAGAAAAAGCGAGAAGAAGUUCGGCCUAGGAACAGAGGGAAAUAAGGAAAAAGGCCCAACACUGAAGGCAAUGGCCCUGGAGAUGCAGCAAAACAGAAAAGCCAACUGGACUGACAUAGAGAGGGAACAAUGUCACAUUUGACAUUGUGCAUGUGCUGGGUAAACAGCUCAUAACCGCUGACACAUUAUCAAGAGCCCCAGUAAAACAUACAUUUAUGCAAAAGGUGAAACAGGAAGAGGAGGAAGUAAAGGUGUUUGUGGAUGCAGUGAUUUAGGGACUCCCAGCUACAGAGACACGGUUGACUACUAUAAUCAAGAGUCAGAAAGCUGAUCCUAUUUGUGGAAAACUCAUCCAAUACUGUGAGACUGAGUGGCUGAUGAAACAUGAUCUUCCACCUGAGUUGGGGCCAUACUGGCCUGAAAGAGAAAAUCUUACUGUUGCUGGAGAGCUACUCCUCAGGGGCCAAAGAAUAGAAAUUCCUCAAUAGGCCAAUUUCACACUUCCGCAUUCGUUACUUCCGGUUUUGACCGCCCCUGGGUAAACUUAUUUCCGGUAAAAACUAUGGCAGCGCAGUCGAGGAGCAAGGCGUUCUGCUGUGUACCAAAGUGCAGCAAUUCAAAGCAAAAGCAACCAUACAUGAGUUUUCAUGAGUUUCCCACUAACGACAUGCAAAGACAAAAGUGGGUACAUGCAAUUCGACGAGACGAAGGGCCGAAGUUUGAUAUUAGAAGGGCAAGUACGUUAGUCUGCAGUCAACACUUCACUGCUGCUGACUUCAUCCAGGGUAGUUGUCGCUUAAAACCUGGAGUUAUUCCAAGUCGCUUUCAGUGGAACAAUUUUCAUGUACAGCCACAAAAGCAGUCUGCUUUUGAGAGGUCAAGUGCUCGUCUAGGAGUAGAUGUGCGUGCCCCGAAAACUGUGGAUCUGCAGAGUAACGACUCAGAAGUUAUCGUCAAGGACCAUGACUACGCUGCAUACCCCCCUCCUGGUGCUUUGGAUGAAGCCUUGGAAUACAUAGCAGAGCUGGAGGCUAGGCUAAUUAAAAUUUCACUGGAGACACCAACUGUGUUCAGUAGGUUUUGUGUGUCUGAUCACACAAUUCGCUACUACACCAGGUUUCCCUCACAGGAAGUAUUCCAGGUUUUCUGGGAGUCUGUUUGUCCAUCUGCCACAAACCUUAUGUACUGGACAAAAGCACAAAGAAUGGGUCAGGAAGCUUCCCCUACACCAAGUCCUGCACGCAAAAUUCAGCUCAUAGAUGAACUGUUCAUGUACUGCUGCCGCGUAGCUGCUGGCCUUAGGGAGAGAGUAAUUGCUGACAUCUUUGGUGUAAGCAUGGCCACAGUAAGCAGGACAGUCAUCACCUGGGCAAAUUAUCUUUAUUUUGUUUUAGGCUCUGUUCCCAUUUGGAUGUCAAGGGAACAAAUAAGCUCUUCCAUGCCUGAGAAGUAUAGUUCAUUCAGUCCAAAUGUCAGAGUAAUCCUGGACUGUACAGAAAUUUUCUGUGAGAGUCCCACAUCUCUGACACUCCACUCAGAGAUAUUCUCUAACUACAAGAGCACAACAACAUUUAAAGGACUCUUGGGAGUGGCUCCAUGUGGUGCAGUAACAUUCAUCUCUCGGCUGUACACUGGCUCAAUCUCUGACAAAGAGAUUACAAGGAGGUCUGGCAUCUUGAGUCUACUUGAACCUGGAGAUGAGGUGAUGGCUGACAAAGGCUUUACAAUUGGGGACAUGAUCACCAAUGUUGGUGCUACACUAAUAAUUCCACCGUUCAAGCGUGACCGGCAGUUCAGCAAGACAGACUGUCAAAAAACACAAACCAUUGCACGGCUCAGAAUUCUGGUGGAAAGAGUAAUACGACGAGUUAAAGAAAACCACAUCUUCGAUUCUGCUAUACCACUAAGCUUGUCAGGAACAAUUGACCAGAUCUGGCAUAACUGCUGCUUCAUGGUAAAUUACCAGGGACCAAUGUUUUUGGAGCAUUAAAUGAGCCAGAUUUCUGCAUGUUCUGUGGCCUUUACCUUGAAGCCAGAUUGUCUGGCUAGCCAGUUAAUUUUCAGUUUAGUUUUAGUUUAACCAUCCUGAAAUGUGUAAAAUAGUAGAAAUCAAACCCAUCGGAGUAGUCCAUAUACAAAGAACGGAAACCAUGACAACCACAUAAAAUUAACUCAGUGUUUGUUUAGAUACAUUUGAAGGAUUCUCUGCUGAUUUGUUACAUUGAUCUGCUUGUUAUUAUUAAAAUAGUUACAAGUUAAUGUAAUUUUAUGAUUUCCUUUUAACUUUUACAAAAAAAUAUUACAAUGUAUUUCCCCCUCUGUGCUCAGAGGCAGAUUUGUUACUUUUAUCAAGCAAAAAUGAGCAGUCUCCUGAAAAUAACAAGGACAGUUUGA